GGUCUUGAACUUCAAAAGCAUGAAACUGAGGAUAUUUUCAAGCAAGAUGCCUGUGAAGAAUCUCCAUCCAGUUUACAGCCCUGGUCCACUAAUACGGGACAACUGGCUACGCAGGAGAAUUCUGUAGAGCUGAAAUCAGAGUUAUCAGAGUCUGAAGAGAAAAUCACCGAGGAAAAUGGGAGAGAAGGAGAAGAGUCACCUGGGAGUGUUGAAAUAAAUGUACAGAAGAAUGGCAACUUCUCUCCACCUUCAUUUGGUCAGCCCUCUCUUCAGUACAAUGAGAAAGGUAUGAAGAAAUCAGAAAGAGGAUCAGAGAACCCGACAACAGUCUUUUUGCAGUGCAGUCCUCUCCCUGCUACUGGAGUAAUAGAGACAGAAGCCAUCAAAACUGAUCAACAUCAAGUGGAGAAAGAAAUCCAAAUUCAAACUGGAAAAAAAUGUUUGGAAUGCGGCAAACAAUUCACACACAGAAGUGAUCUUAGUAAGCAUAUGAAGAUUCACAAUGGAGAAAAACCUCAUUGCUGUCCAGAAUGUGGUAAGUCAUUCUCAUGGAGAAGCCAUCUUCAGAGACACAGAAUAAUCCACACAGGAGAAAAAUCUCAUUGCUGUUCAGAAUGUGGUAAGUCUUUCCAAAGCAUAAGCUAUCUUCAGAACCACAAAAAAAGCCACUCAAGAGAUAAACCUCAUUGUUGUCCAGAAUGUGGCAAGUCCUUCUCAUGGAGAAGUCAUCUUCAUAACCACAGACUAAUCCACACAGGAGAAAAACCUCAUUCCAUUUCAGAAUGUGGUAAGUCGUUCUCAUGUAAAAGCGAUCUUCAGAACGACAGAAGAAUCCACACAGGAGAGAAACCUCAUUGCUGUCCAGAAUGUGGUAAGUCCUUCUCAUGGAGAAGCCAUCUUCAGAUACACAGAAGAAGCCACACAGGAGAAAAACCUCAUUGCUGUCCAGAAUGUGGUAAGUCGUUCUCGUGGAGAUGCAAUCUUCAGAACCACAGAAGAAUCCACACAGGAGAAAAACCUCAUUCCUGUUCAGAAUGUGGUAAGUCGUUCUCAUUUAAAAGCGAUCUUCAGAACCACAGAAGACGCCACACAGGAGAAAGCCCUCAUUGCUGUCCUGAAUGUGGUAAGUCAUUCUCAUCUAAAAGUGUUCUUAAGACGCACAGAAGAAUCCACACAGGUGAAAAACCUCAUUGCUGUUCAGAAUGUGGCAAGACGUUCUCAAGGAGAUACCAUCUUAAGACACACAGAAGAAUCCACACAGGAGAAAAACCUCAUUGCUGUUCAGAAUGUGGUAAGACGUUCUCAAGGAGAUGCCAUCUUCAGACCCACAGGAAAAUCCACACAGGAGAAAAACCUUAUUGCUGUCCAGAAUGUGGUAAACAAUUUUCUGACAUACGCAAUUUUCAGAGGCACACAAAAAUUCAUACUGAAUAGUAGCCAUAAUGCUGUUCUAAAUGUGGAAACUGGUUUUUCAACAUUAGCUUUUUUCAAGUACACACACAAACUUGCAAGGAAGAGAAAAUGCAGUAUUUAUGUUCUGAAUGUGGCAAAUGUUUUACAAGCCAGAAAGUCUUUAUAGACACACCAAAAUCCAUACUGAAGAAAAAUCGUAUUGCUCUUCUGAUUGAGGGAAAUGAUGCUUGGAUUUAUCCUCACUUCAGUGCCACAUUAGAACUCCUACUGGAGAGAAACUUUAUUGUUGUCCUUAAUACGAUAAGCAGUCCUCACAAUUCAGUACCCUACAAAGUUGCAUCAGAAAUUACUUUGGAGAGAAACCUCACCAUUGCUUGGAUUGUGGCAAACGAUUCUCAUGCGUCAAUUGUCUUUAUAAUCAUUGGAGAAGUCAUAGUGGAGAGAAGCUUUACAGUUGUACUGAGUGUGGAAUGCGAUUCUCAUAUAACCGUUCUCUUCAACAGCAUAAAAUAAUUAAUUUUGAUUUGAAACAAAGCUAUUCUGACUAUGGCAAGCUUUUCUCAAACAGCACAACCCUUAAACUCCACAUGAGAAUUCACUCUGGAGGAAAACCCUAUUGCUGUUCAGAAUGUGGCAAGCGAUUGUCAUGUCCUAGCACACUUAGGAACAGGAUCCACAUUGGAGAGAAGCAGUACACCUGUUCUGAAUGUGGAAUGAAGUACUCUUCCAAAAAAAGUUUUCGGAGACACACACAAAGUUAUGACAAAUGAUCUUUCAAUUGGCUCCUCAACCAAAAAAAUUAAAGAAAAAUCUGCAUGUGGUAAGGAACUUCAGUUUAAAGUAGUUAAUAAGUCUAUAAUAGUGGAAAAAACACUAAAAUUGGUAAACAGAUCCUAGAGGUAAGGUAACCUUAGAUCCACAUAUGAAUUCACACUGGAAUGAAAACAUUGGAAUACAACACAUAUUUUACAAACAGCAAGAAUCUUCUUCAACAACUUAUAGGUGUAAGAAAAAACCUCAUUGUUGUCCUAGAUGUAGUUAACUCUUUUCAGACAGCAGUGGCCUUCAUAGUCAUAAAUGACUGGCCUACUUGUGGUAAGCUUCUUAGUUGUUCUGAAUGUUGAAUGUGAUCCUCCUGUAUCAGCCGUCAUCAGCAACACGUAAGAUUGCAUGAAUGACUCAGAAACUGUACAGCCAGGACGUCAGCCAUACAGGGACUGAUCAUCUCUGCACCAGUGCUGUGUAAUAAGAUGGUGAACAAUACAAACACCAGACAACAGUACUGUGCGGUGAUAACAAAUUCAACCACCAAACACAACUGGAAACGUUCAAUGUAAUAAUUAAAAAAAUGGAGAAGUCAAAUCCACAAUGCAGUGCCAACUACCAGGAGGUGCCACUGACAACAAGGGGAAUAUUUUUGUUUCAGAGCUUUGGAGAUGGGGCCUUAUCUGAGUAGCAAUGAACUUGUACCAUCUCUGGGAUGUCAUAUGAUUUCUGACGCCUGGGCUGAGUGCAGACAGCUGAUCUUGACCCUGAUAAUGAAGAAGUCAUUUAGUGACGUCAGCUGACAGCCAAUGCUGUCCAAUCAGAUACUGGGGAGGGACAGUCGAGGAGGACAGGAGACUAAAAAGAGAGCCAUCACAUGACAGACCACUGUAGUGGGGCUUUAUAAGACUUACACUAAUUUAUGUUAUCAUUUAUAAAUGAUAAAAGUCUUUACAAACCAAACACAUUCAGUGGCUGUGUGUCAAUAGUGAGUCCAAAAGUGGGAAUUUUAGAUCAAAAUACAAAUAAAAUGAAACAUUCAAGGUUCAAAGAGAAAUUUUAAGACCCGAAGAGGGAGUCACAACAGCAUGCAAGGGUUAGCACGGGGGACCACAAUUGUGAAGAAUAUCAAUUAAUGUAUAGAAGGAGUAUUAUUUAAAAUAAAAGUAAUAGUGUUAUGAGAAAUGGGACACCAUAAUGAAUGAUUUUAUUUUCUGAGAUAUUAGAGAAAAAAGGAAAACAAAGCAGAAAUACAAAGGGAUCUCUGCUGCCCCAGCUGAUAAUUAGAUAAAUUACCCUAAAAAUAUAACAGAUGUUACUUUGCUCCAUGUCAGUAUAUCCUGGGUGGUGUGUGAAGGAUGCUCUAUACUCCGAAUGUGUUGGUUCAGGUUUCAGUUUGAGUUCAGCACCUUCUUCAUAUCGAUACCCAAGACAAUGUUUCUUCACUUCAAGACCACAAGCUGGAGGACACAGGAGCUCAAUAAACACCAACAGCAGGAUGGAUGAUUAGAAAGCUCUGCUUUGAGAGAGUGUCAGCUACACAAAGCUUCAGCUUCAUUUACUUGACAGAAAACUCCAAAAAGCAGAAGUGGCCCCUUCUGCACCCCCACCACUGAAGGUCAAAUUUGACCCCCUCACUACUCAGCGUUGGUUCACUCGGCGUGGACUUUCUGUAUUUUGUAAGUUUAUGUUUCAUUUUUUUGGCCACACUCUUUUUACAUUUAAUGUCAUUAAUGUUCUCAAAUGUGUGAGUAUAGCUUGACUCUUUCAAGGACUUUUCUAAAAAGUGGAUGGCACUCUGCGAAGGAGAGACUUGUAAGGUGUGAACAAA